AUGGCAACAGAGACACCCAGUACUGCGCCGCCCGGGGCCGUCGAGAAGAAGACCCAACAACCCGCAAAGAAAGAUGGCGGAGCGCAAAAGAAGGACGCAGCAGCUGCGCCAGCAGAAGGAGGCGAGAAGAAGCUGUCUGGUGCCGAGUUGAAGGCAAAGGCAAAGGCCGAGAAGGCGGCGAGAAGAGCAAAGGCCAAGGAGGCGCAACCAGCACCACCACCUGGCCAGGGAGGAGCUCAGCAGAGCGGAGGAGACGCGAAAGGCGGAAAGUCGAAACCCCGACAAGAUGGUCCCCAGAGCGCCGGUGCGAGAAGUGGUCCCGUGGCCAAGUCUGUUCCGGUCGCGGCUCCCAAAGAUAACAAGCCCAAGGUCCCCGAGUGUUUCAGUCACCUGUCUAUGGCCAAGAGGAUACAUAUGACGGAAGUUGAUAAGGAUGUCCAACCGGCUGUUCUGGCGCUGGGUCAACAGAUGAGCGCGUUUGCGAUCACCGACAGUACUACGAGACUGGAGGCGACUCUGUUGGCAUUCAAGAAGGUGAUUGAAUCCUACACGACGCCCCCGGGCAACACAUUCUCGCGGCAUUUCACAUCACACAUCUUAAACCCCCAGAUUGAGUACCUUUCGGCAUGCAGGCCGAUGUGCUUCUCCAUGGGCAACGCUGUCCGCUGGCUCAAGCUCCAGGUCAGCAAAAUCGAUAUCGACCUUCCCGAUUUUGAGGCCAAGAAGCUCCUGCACGAGUCCGUGGACAAUUUCAUCCGCGAGCGCAUCACCCUCGCUGACUUCGUCAUCGUCAAAACCGCCGCCGACAACAUUGCCGACGGCGAAGUCGUCCUGACGUACGCCCACCAUCCACUCGUCGAGCGCGCCCUCCUCCAGGCCCACGCCGAUGGCAAAACGUUUUCCGUCACCGUCGUCGACGAUCCCUUUGAGAGCACCGGCCGCAACCUCGCGAAGCGGCUGCGCGCUCUGCAGGGCGUUGAGGUGGCGUACUGCCCCGACCUGAGCGCCAUGCGGGACCACCUGCGCGAUACGUCACGGGUGUUGGUCGGCGCGGAGGCCAUGUUCAGCAACGGCGCCAUGUACGCCCGGGCUGGUACGAGCGACAUUGCCAUUACGGCGGCCGAUCAGGGUAUUCGGGUCAUGGCUCUCAGCGAGACCAUUAACUUUACCGAGAGAGUCGCCAUGGACUCGCUCACGUAUAACGAAAUCGACCCCGAGCAGAAUACUGAGGAGGCUUUCAGACUGCUCUUUGACACCACCCGUGACCGUCAUAUCUCGGUGGUCGUUACGGAGUUGGGUAUCACGUCACCCGUAUCGGUGCCUGCUAUCCUCCGGAAGUUGGAGGAGCUGUAG